AUGGCGAGUUGGAUGAAUUUUGAUAGAGAUGAACGUCAAUGGUAUUACAGAACGAGCGUAAAGCUAGAACCAAGAGUACCGCCGAUAUUACACAGUUCAAAGGUCAAUAGUGAUGUCAACCAAGUUAUCCACAAAGAAACCUUAUACGUUAGUUGUGAACCGAAGAUCGAUGGUUUUUGUCAAUCAAGCUUAUCAUCUGACGGAAAAAUUGCCAAAACAUCCCAAAUUGUAUAUUAUUCCACAAAAUACACUUCUUGUAAAUAUACUUAUGUUCAAUCCGAUGAAGGCAGGCCACCAGUAUAUAACAACGAAAUUAACGUGCGAAUUCCAUUCUCAGAAUUUACAGAAGUUUACCACUCACGGGCAAUCCAGAUUCCGUCACUGAACAGCCAGUCUGACGUCAUAAGUGAUGGUGAUGUAUCUAGUUACAGCGAAAACAAUACUUUAACCGACGACACAGUCGAUUCUCCACAGUUUUCAGGAAAUCCUUUGACCAUGUCUACCCCAAUUGUCUGCAGACAUUUAUCGGAGAGAAAUCCGAGAAUUUUUGAAAAUGAUUCCAUCUCUUACUUGUAUGAAUUUGAUUCCUUAGAUUCAUUAUUUAGCAAGGAUUCGACAAUAUCUGGAGAUGACGUCACAGACUACCAAAACCCACAGUAUAAAAAUGAGGUACUCAUCCUAGGGUUAAACAGUAGAAAAAAGAGGUAUGCUAAAACUACAUCCUUUUUGAAAGGGAUCCUUAAAAAGAGAUCCCAAUAA